AUGGAGCAGUUCGAGGACGGCCACCACGUGCGGCUGCGGAGCCGCGAGCGCGGCACGUACCUGCACGCCGACGACGACGGGCUUGGCGUCUCCCUGAGCCGGCGCCGCGCGUCGAUGAACGCGGCUUGGGCGGUGCACAUCUACCAGGGAGAUGGCGGUGCCCAGUACUUGCUCCUCCACAGCGCCGCCUACGGCCGCUACCUCGGCGCCACGGACGCGCCGGCGCUGCGAGGCCACAUUGAGAGCCGCGUCGAGCAGUGCGACUACGGGCCGUGGGAGGAGGAGGCCAUCAGGUGGCAGGCCGCCGGGAUCGGCUCGGGGGACAAUAUCCUGCUCCGCCACGUCGGCGGCCGCCGCCUCCGCGCCAACGGGAGGUACCUCAGCGUCGACGACUCCGACAGCGCCGGCACGAUGAUGCAUUGGGUCGUGGAGCGCAUCCCCUCCAGGGAGGACACGCCUCGCCUUGCAGCUCCGACUGGGCUCCGCCUCCCCAGAAGCCUCAGCUUCAUGUUGCCGUGGCGGGUGAUCCAGGUCGAGCAGGCAGGCGCCGACGAGUCCAACGCCAGCUUCCCCUGGGCCUCACUCGUAUUCAGGGGCAGGUCCGCGUACCACCUGAGGAAGAAGCUGGCCAGCCGGCUGGGUGUCGCCAUGGACGUCUCCAACCUCGUCAUGUGCGUCCGAGCGGGUAUGCACGGGCGGCCUACCCCACUGGUCAUCGACCUGCCCCGCAGCAGGCAGACCCUCGACAUCAUCGUCUUCAUGGCGGGGACGCCAGCCCAUGCAGACCUGCGGUACCCGAAUGUCAAUGCAGAGUAG